GACUGCUGUUGUCGGGCGUACAACACCUUUCUGUGCUACUUGGAAAACUACGGAACCCUGGUCUACAGUCCCCAGUACUAUCCUGAGGAUCGCUCCCGGCAGGUGCAGAUCUCGUACGAAUGCCUCAAUAUGCUGCAGGUACCCAAAACCCUGCUGCAGUGUAUCGCCAAUGGUACUAUCCUUGAUGUACCCGAGAUCCGGUGUCUCGGCCGGUGUUUCUUCCUUCGUCUGGGACUGUACGACGAAGUGCGAGGCGUUAAUCUGCGCCGGAUGUACACUCGCGACUACGAGACUCCCAACAAAAGGUACCUCUCGAAAGAAACCUACGAUAAGCUGUGUGCCAUACGUUCAACCAGCCCUGAUCAGUGCACGGAGGUUUACCGUGCGUAUUUCGAAGUAAUUGGAGCACUGGAAACAUCUUUCAACAGUAUCUCGAUCGUGCAGGAGGCCGCGAGCCGAGCGUUGAGCGAUGGAUUGCCUUGUGAGGUACUGAACCGUAAUCCAAAGGAACCUAAGGAAUACUGUCAACCGC